AGUUAAGAGUUGAGUUUAAUUUCGAUCUCUAGAGUGUGCGGUACGAGUUUAGAUGGUGCGGAAAUGACGGCGGAAACUAAUACGGGUCCGAUGAUUGGCCAGCGACAUUUGCAGGCCUUUUUGCUUUUUCUGUCGAUCGUGGUCAACUAUAUGGCCAAGUUUAAUGCUGGAGUGGCGGUCGUGGCGAUGACGAAUGCCGAGAAUACUAAUCCGGACUUUCCAGAGUACGACUGGAAUGAAAUGGAGCGUUCAUACAUCCUAUCCAGUUUUUUUUGGGGCUACAUUAUGACGCAGUUCCUGGGUGGAUGGCUUUGCAGGCGUUUUGGAGCCAGGAUAACCAUGUUUGUGUCCACCAUUGGCUCAGCUCUUCUGGCCUUGCUUCCACCCUGGUGUGUUUCCUGGGGUGGCUGGCAGGCGUAUUGCGUCAUCCGGAUGUCCAUGGGACUGUUCCAGGGCUUCCUGUUCCCCUGCAUCCACGCCCAUCUGGCCAACUGGUGUCCGGUGAACGAGAGAAAUCGCCUGGGAGCCUUGGCCAACACGGGUAUUGACUGUGGAACACUGGUGGCCAUGUUUGCCAGUGGCCUGCUGGCAGCCUCCAGCGUUGGUUGGCCCGGAAUCUUCUACGUUUCCUGUGGUGUGGGCGUUUUCUGGUGCAUCAUCUGGUUGAUCUUCGGAGCCAACACGCCCAGGGAGUCCAAGUUUAUCAGUGAGGCGGAACUGAACUACAUUGAAACCUCGAUCAACUCCAGCCGCAAAGCGGAGGAAGCAGAGCAACAGGAUUCGGGACCAAUUCCGGUUCCCUGGAAGGCCAUUUGGACGUCGGCACCUUUUUGGGCUUUAAUGAUCGUGAGAUGCGGUCAGUCAUGGGGAUACUCAACUCUGCAGACCGAGAUGCCCGCCUACAUGAACGGAGUCCUCUUGAUGGACAUGAAGAGUAAUGCCCUCUACUCGGCUCUGCCCUAUUUCACCUCCUGGAUGAUGGCCUUCGUCUACCUGAUCGUCGCGGAUAUCCUGCUGACCAGGGGCGUCAUGUCCAUCACUGGCAUUCGGAAGACUGUGAACUCGAUAGCAUUCUUUGUGCCCGCUUUCGCACUGAUCGGCGUCAGCUUUUUGGACAGUAAUCAAAAGACUCUGGCCGUGGUGCUGAUGUGCGCCAAUGUGGGAAUCAAUGCUGGUAAUACGAUUGGUAGUACGAUAAACACCAUCGAUUUGUCACCGAAUCAUGCUGGCAUUCUUAUGGGAAUUAUUAAUACGGCCGCUAAUGUUGUGCCUAUUUUAACGCCCCUCCUCGUUGGAAUCAUCGUUAAGGAUGAUCACGAUCGGGAGCAGUGGCAAAUUGUGUUCAUCAUAUCCGCGGUCAUCUUCUUUGUGAGCAACAUAAUCUAUCUAGCCUUCGGUCAGAUGGUUAAUCAGCCUUGGAAUGCACCCGACUUUAUGGAUAAGCAAAGAUCUUUAAAUCUGCAGGAGGAUGGAAAUGCCAAGGCUCUGGAAGCGAAACGCAAGGAAAGUGUGGCUGGAUUACAGAGCGAUGAGCCCAAGAAAAUGGAUAUAACUGAGGAGAAUCUUAGCAAGAACGAAAGUUGAGUUCCUGGGAAAAUCAAACUAUCUACAACUCGAAAACACCCAUGAAUUUUACUCGCGGCUGGUCCGGAACUCUUUUUUAUCAAGAGCCUUUUUAAGAAUAGCUAAAAAUAAGUCCAAUGUGUUCCCAAUGACUAAUUUAAGUUGUAAAUAUAGGAUUAUAAAAUCAAA